AUGCCACAUGUAAGCGUUGUGGAUUUCACACUCGAGAAGGAUGAUCCGAAAAAAGUCCCGUACAAUGAUAAAGAAAAGCAAAACGAGCAAAAGGAAUCCAAGAAGAAGGAAGAGAAGAAAAUAUCGGCACAUCUAACGAUAAUCAACUUCCUGAAAGGAAUGAUCGGUCCAGGUUGUUUUUCUCUACCCUUAGCGUUCCGAGAAGCUGGAUUAUGGACGGGUUUCGCUUUGGUUUUUAUUGUUGGAUUAUUGAGUACAAUAUGUAUGUCGAAACUUGUCAAAUGUAGCCAGUUUUUGACGUCGAGGCAGCCAAAAGUUCAAUCGUUGAAUUAUGCUGAAAUGGCCGACGAGUCCUUUAGACAAAGCUUUCCAUUUUUACGAAAUUAUGGACAUAUGGCAAGGAGGUUCGUCAACCUAUGCUUAUCGAGUUUGGUCCUUGGUAUAUGUUCAAUUUACUAUAUUUUUGUUGUUGAUCACACACGAGAGGUACUUGCUAGCAUUUGGCCUCAGUUUCAAAUCUCCAAAUUUUCAUAUCUAGUCAUCGCUAUUGUGCCAUUUAUUUUGCUUUCGUAUGUCAGAAGCAUCCGAGUGAUGUCUUAUAUCAGCUUGGCUGGCAACGUUUUUAUGGCACUCUCUAUAAUAUUAAUAUUUUCGCAACUCCUCCCAGCUGAACACCUCACAGCCGAGCUUCCAUGGUUCACUAGCUUUCGAAGAGUUGUACUCGCUACUGGAGCAGUGAUUUAUUCUUUUGAAGGGCAGGCACUGAUUCUUCCGCUAGAAAAUAGAAUGAAACACCCAUCUGAGAUGCGUGGUUGGACCGGGGUGUUAUCGACUGGAAUGGCACUCGUAACAAUUACCUAUGUAGCAUGUGGAUUUUUCGGCUAUAUUACGUAUGGGGAAAAUGUGAAGGAGAGUAUUACACUGAAUAUGGACGACGGAAUAUUAAAUAUAACCAUGAAGAUAUUCCUAGCUUUGGUAGUCUAUAGUGGAUAUCUACUACAACUUUAUACUCUGACUGAAACCUUUCAUCCAUCGUUGGUAAGAUUCGCCGAAGGUCGAACUAUGGACACCGCGAAACUGACGUUGAUAUUAGACUACGUGCUAAGAACGGCUAUUGUUCUGGUGUCAUUUGUGGUGGCAGUAUUGAUCCCGAAUCUUGCGGAUUUGAUGCCGUUGAUUGGCGUCACAGCAGGAAUGUUUUUGGCUUUGAUCAUUCCGCCUACUGUAGAUGUGACAACGUUUCUUCCGAUAUACCUAAAAGAAAAACGAUACUAUGAAAGCAUAAUAAUGGGCAAAAUGGGUCAGGCUGCACUGACGUUCUCUAGUCCUUCCCAGAACAAUGCUAACCUGGAUCUCCUUAGGAGAAUAGAUUCACUGCUUACAUUUUACUUCUUGAACGAAAAUGAGAAACUUUUCAACGACAUAACCAAACAUAUUCACAGUGAACGUUUUAUUGGAUGUUUCGUGGAUGUUACUAAUAACACCAAGUACUCAUCAACGGAUCUCAUUCUUGUGGGCCAAGUUUUCGAUAAAAUCGCCAGAUUUGUUGCAUCAGGUAGACCAUCAAAUCAUCGCUUCAACUUGAAGUCCGGAUUAGCAUCGAAAUGGGUUGAUCUUGUUCGGUUCUUCAAAGGACUAUCUUCUGAAGAGGUUAAACAAUUUGGUGCUCAUUUAUGGCUCUCCUCGUCCAAACUAUUCCUGUCCAGUUCUGAUUUUAAGCUUUUGAGUAAUGAAUGGAACGAUAUUUUUCUUCCAAUGGAACACUGGUUCAGUUCCUUGGAUGGUGAUGUAGUGGAGGUUUGCUUAAAUAAAUGGAUAGACUUAAUUGCUUUUGUUGGUUCGAAAUCAACGCCUGGGGGUCGUAACAAAUUGAACAAACUGAUCCCAAUGUUCUGCAAACCAUUACGCUCCCGUACAAUGAUCAACAAACUGAGAAGUGCAAAGCCGAUUAUUAAUGGGUAUCUAGCCUUGAUCAAAGCUUUUAAGGACGUCCUCGAUGAACACUUCGAAGAGCUGAUUAUAUGUUUUCUUCGUUUUUUGGCGGGAAGAGCUGCCGUAGUAAUAACUGCUACUGAAGACAUUCAAGACAAGUUAAAACGAUCAAUACAUCUGAAAUCUACCGAUCUUGUACUUACUUGCAGCCCACCAUCACAUUUGGAUUAUCUUCUGGACGGCAGACCCUAUCGUGCUUUCGAAGAAUCUGCAUCACAUAUUCUUCCGCUGAUUUGUUCACUCCUAGGAGUAGCGCACAACGAUGGUGACAAAGAACUCGUUGAGUGCGUUCCUGUCUGCGGUAAAAAUCCCUUACUCAUUCAGAAGUACACCAUCUUUUUGGGGCAAAUGAUUCGUUUAGCUGGAAUUGUGGAUGAGAAGCAAUUACAUACCAUAUGUUCUUGUUUUGCUGUGCUUGCUGAGCGUAUUGGAUGCAUUGAGGAAACUGCCGUGAAGCAAUCACAAUCAAAAUUGCUUUUCUUGCAAAUAAAGGCUUGGAUCGAUGAGAAUUACUAUAAUAUGAAAGAAUUAGAGUCCGCACUUUGCCAACUGUUCAAGCCAAAAGAUCUCUCUAUGAAUGCGUACACCGCUGAUGAUUGGCCUGGAAUGAAGAUACUUGAAGCGGUUUUGGAGAAUUCUGCAGAUGGAGAGAUUAGCAAACUCAUAGAAGUUGUGGCUGAAACCAUUCAUGCUCUAUUCGAAAGUCCUUGCAUCAUUCUGAGACGUGCCGAUGAGUUGACUGAUUUGAUAAAUGAACAUCCAAACCGUUUUGAGACUGUGUCAUUACUGAAGGCAUGGGCUCAUCUUGCUAGUAUUGUCAAGGAUUACGUCAGAGAGACUGAUGACAUCAACGAAGGUAAUAUAAUUGAGCCGGAUUAUCCAACGACAUUUGGAGUUUUGAGACUAGUCUUUAAGAUCGCAAAUCGUGUUAAUGAUGAAGUAGAUCCAGGUUUGAUAGAGAAGUGUUGCUCAGCAUUUGAGCUUUUAUAUGCAGAAGCGCAAACAACCAUAAGGCAUGAAUUUGGUGGCGGCGCCGACAUGGUUCUUCGUGGUAUCUUUGAGGAUUUAAUUCCACCUGAAUCACUGUGUUGUUGCAACAUUUAUGUUUCUGCACUCACAUCUAUUGUUGACGUCUAUCCGUUCAAGCUUUUCAAUCAAAACGGACUAUUUUCUGGGUCCUCUCUUGAAUUUAAUGCACUUGGAGAAAUUUCUGGUCUUGUGGAUCCGCUAAAGGUAGUCGCGAAAAAGCUCAUCGAAUUGGUUGAUUCAACCGAGGGAAAGCUUCCCCGAUCAACACAAGACAGUCUCUUGGCCAUCGCUAACGUGUGCGAAAGGAUUUUCAAAGAGGUGGCAAGACCAGAUGUGGUGCGUAACUUGUUUGUUGCACUGUCCGACCUCCUCAAAGAUAUGUACCCCAAAUUCUUCGGUGAUGACGUUCGCUUCAAAGAGGUUUCUCAAGCCGCUCUAAAGUCCUAUCUUUCGAUAUUAGAACUUGUGAAGACAAAGGUUGCUGGUCCUUUCGAUGACAGCCUUUUGGCUGGAUGUGAACCAUUCUUGGCCCGGCUGUUGGGGGGAUUAAGCGGCAAACGCUCCAAACUUCGUGUUUCUGCCGCCGAAUUAUGGAACAAAACGUUUGCUGGUUCCAAAUCGCUUACAUAUUCUAAGGAGUUCAGGAAAGUGCUCACCACUCUAGUUCAGAAACGUGUGAUUUAUGCCCCUGGUUUGUCUAGGAAGUCAUUGAGUAGUAGUGACAUUAACGAAUACAGAGAGCUGGAGAGUCCUUCUGAUUCGGCGACCAAUUCGCGUAGUGGACGGAACGUAAAAGAUAAAGUUAACGGGGAAGUGCAGAAGGAUGAAGAUUCUACAUGUGGCGACUCAAUAAACACUAACUCGUCCAGAGGUGGAAGGAGACGCACUAAGCGGUCGCCAGUUGAUACCUCAGCGGAUGGGGGAACUCCUAAGAAGAAAAGUGCUCGGGAAGAUAUAGUUUUUCCCGAAGAAGAAAAACCUCUUAAAACCUUGCCACCUUCGCCAUUCAUCAAGAAAAGUUCUGAACAGGGGCUAAGAAGCACCCCAACUCGUGAUAGCACACCAAGAACGAAAAGACGUAACUUCGUCGGUUUGCUUGAAGAGGAUUCAGUUGACUAUGUGCCCAUAGCUCCGAGCGAAUCAGCGAAGAAAAUGAAGUUAACAGAUCGGCAAAAGGAAAUCUUUAGCGAAAAGAGGGACCGCAUGCCGUUUUUGGAUGAAGAUUCCCAACAAUUGGCUGUAAUUAAAAACAUAGAGAAGACGUUUGACCUAGAUUCAUCACAGUCUACUUCCUUGGACACCGCCUUCCCAGCUUCUCUAGCCGAAGUCAAAGAAGAAUCAACCAAGCGAAAAGAGAACACUGUAGAUAUUGCGGCUGACAGUGAUAGUUCGGCUGGCGCAAGCUCAAGGAGAAAAACAAAGAUCAAGCUGGAUUUCGAUAAAGCAGAUACUAGUGAAAGCAACCCGAACGAUAAUGAGUUCCCUUCUGACGAUGGUGCCACCGGUGACAGUUCAGAAAGUGUUGAAGAGAUGAGUGAUUGUCCCGUAUCUAUUAAAAUGGUUGAGCCAAAUCUGGAAAGCGAAGACUCUAUAGGAUCAAGCGGUGAAGCUUCUGCCGAGUUAUCAGCGGAAAGCGAAACAGACGUGGGCAAAAAAGAGGAGAACCCUUUACGAUCUCGUCGAACUCAAAAGAAGGGAACUCCGACGAAGUAUGUUGCAAGGAAGCGAAGAAGUCUUUUAAAGAGUGCUGAAAAAGAAAAACCUCGUAGAAUGUCUAGAGGUUCUAAAGUGAGACUAAGCACAGUGGAGGAUGCAACACAGACUGUAGAUGAAUUGGAAAAACUCGGCGAUGUUGCUGAAGUUCGCUGUGCGGUCAAUCAUGAGGAAGACAUGCUGCCUCUUCGUGAAAUAGGCGAAGUUUUGACCACCCUAGAGCCAAUGAAUCUUGAUGAGGAAUUGUGCGGACAAAACAAAGCCUAUGAAGCCGAUGAAUCACCCGAAAAAGUUACAGGAGACUCUGAGAAGGUUGCUUCUGCUGUGACACCCUCUGUAAUACAGAGAAUAACUGGUACACCUGGGAUACUAAAAAAGGCGAAUAGCCCGUCUACUGCAGAGAAAAAACUUCGUAGAGUCCAUUUUGAUAAUGGAUUCGAAAACACCACUGAAGAUUUUGCUUCGAAAACCCUUGGAGAUGUCAUAAAGACGUCUGCUGAGGAGCAAUUUCCUUCAUCUCCGAAGAGUGUGUUGAAAGUUGUAACACCAAGACGACCAUUCGCUCAUCUACAGAUGGCAAAAGAUAAGAUAUCACUGACGUCACCGGUUGUCCCACAGUCAGAUAACAAUGGCACAUCACCAGUCAAGAGUGAGGCAGAUCUCGACGAUCAGCCGCUAUUCCCUGAAUUGAUGGAAUGCCAAGAGUCAAUAGUGAAAGUGGUUGGAAAGUUGUUACCAAUAUCUACAACUACUGGAUCUAUAACUCUUCGGAAGACACUGGAGGCGCGUGGAAUUCUGCAAAUUCGACACCUUGCGGCCAUGACACGCCGUGAAAUUUCCGCACUGAACAUUAAGAAACCUCGUGUCGAAACGACUUUGAAAGCUCUUUCUCAGUUUGCCCGAGACCGUGCUCCAACACCGAAGAUAACAGUGAUCAAGGAGGCUGUUGUACCAGAAACAGAAGCUGCCCGACCAGAAGGAGAAGCUGCCCCACCAGAAGCAGAAGUUGCAGUACCAGAAGGAGAAAUUGCAGCAGUGCCAUUAGAAAAGUCCGAAGCAAUUGCUAUGAAUCAAGAUGCGGAAAGAAAUGCUGCGAUCGAUAAUGCUGAUAACUCAGAUGACGGCAGAUCUGAGAACUUCGAUGUGUUGGAGGAAGCCGUGGCCACUGCUGAAGAGGAUGAAGCAGCUGUUGUGUCUCCAACAAAAGAAGCUGCAGAACCAGAGGAAAUGUCAUGCAGCAGCGACCUCAGUCCAGACCAUAUACAUCCUGAUCCUCUAUCGACUUAUGCCGAAAAGCUAAGGUUGUGGCGUGAAACAGUCCUGGAAGCAAACCGUGAGCUCGAGGCAGCGUUACGUACUGCUGAGCAGUCAGGUGUAAAUUUGGAAGAUCUUCGAUCAAAACGAGGAUUGUUAAUGAUGGUCCAGUUCUGGAUGACGUCCUUAUCGCAGGAGAGGCCGCAUCUUUUCACCAUUAAUGAUGAUCCAGAAGCGAUUCGAAUUGGCAUUAUUUAUUUAUGUUUGUCAUUUUUUAUGAUACCUUUCUAUUGUGUAUUUAAUUGGGUCAUGUUUACGGAUAAGGAGAUCACACGUGUGCUCGUCUAUCGUCUGAUGAAUCAUCUUCAUCUGAUCGAUUUUGGUCAAUUAUUAUGUCAUUUUAUUAGCGGUUUUUUCCCGAUAUUUCCAGAAAUUACACAUCGUUCGAGAUUUUUCUCCAGCUUCAUUGGAUCAACCGUGAACAGCUUAUGGCAGGCGAUGUUCCCAUAUUUGUGUGUUUUAUCCAUAAGUCGUAUUCUUAUCAUCAGGAAGAAAAUGGACGGCAACAUACUUAUGUGGCAGCUAAAGGGUAUUAUAAUAUUUGGCUGGAUAUUCACGAUUACUGUAUGGUUGUGGUCAUGGUUUGGUAUGGCGUUCGUGUUCGGAAAAAUUUCUUGGGAGUAUGAUUUUUCUAAGUGGAGCUCGAUUUAUUUGAAGAUAAUUGAAUUAGCUUGGUGUUGGCCUUCUAUUUUGAUUUGUUACCUCAUGUAUGUUGGUAUUACAAUCCAUCUAUUAAUGACCAAAAGGGAAAUCUCCACGAAAAAGUCACACAAACAAGAAAUUCUCAUAUUUUCUCAAGCCACUUUGUCGAAUGGUUAUAUGUUCGGUCUCAUGGUAGCAUGGAAUGCUUCAGGGUUACUGGGCCUCACGCAGAAUUAUUAUCAGUGUAUAAUAAAUUGCAUUUGGAUCUCGUUCUGCUAUCUAAAUCCACUUCUUCUUCUUAUCCUAAAUAAGACAAUUCGUCAAAAAUUCCUUGCCUUUUUCCUACCGCAACGAUAUGCGCCCAAAACUGUUUCCAUUCAGAAGAAGACAGUUGCAACUAUAUCUGCUAUCUGA